AUGGGGCUUCUAAAGCCUUCGACUAUCAUCCAGUUUCUCAUUCUUUUUUCUCUCCUCCAUAUUCCAGCUCUUGCUGCAAAACAACCUUAUAUAGUGUACCUGGGCUCACAUGCACAUGGACCUAAGAUCACAGAAGCUGAUCUUGAUCGUGUGGCUGAUUCUCAUUAUGAACUACUUAGUUCCUUUCUUGGAAGCAAAGAGAAGGCUAAAGAGUCAAUCUUUCUCUCGUAUAAGAGAAAUAUCAAUGGUUUUGCGGCCUUUCUUGAGGAGGAAGAGGCUGCCCAAAUCGCUAAGCACCCGGGAGUUGUAUCGGUGUUCCUCAACCAAGGAAGGAAAUUACACACCACGCAUUCAUGGAAUUUCAUGAUGCUUGAAGAUCAGAAGGGUUUCCCUAUUCGUAAUUCCAUUUGGAGGAAGGCCAAGUUUGGAAAAGACACAAUCAUUGCUAAUCUUGAUACCGGUGUUUGGCCCACGUCAAAGAGCUUCGACGAUAAAGGCUAUGGACCAAUUCCAUCAAGGUGGAAAGGAACCUGCCAGAAGUCUAAGGAUGGAUUCGCUUGCAACAGGAAGCUCAUAGGAGCAAGGUACUUCAGCGAAGGGUACGAGGCAUGGGGAAGGAAGCUCAACUCUACCGAAAGGACUGCACGUGACCAUUCCGGUCACGGCAGUCACACUCUAUCCACAGCCGGUGGUAACUUUGUCCAUGGAGCCAGCGUUUUAGGCGUCGGGAACGGGACGGCCAAGGGCGGUUCACCUAGAGCCCGGGUGGCGGCCUACAAGGUCUGCUGGCCGCCGGUUGAUGGCGGCGAGUGCUUCGACGCCGAUAUCAUGGCCGCCUUUGACAUGGCCAUACAUGACGGUGUGGACGUGAUUUCCAUGUCAGUUGGUGGAAAGCCUGCUGGUUAUUGGGAAGAUGGUAUGUCAAUUGGGGCAUUCCACGCCGCGAAGAAGGGCAUUGUGGUUGUUGCCUCUGCUGGAAACUCUGGACCAAACGCUGGAAGUGUCACAAAUGUUUCACCUUGGAUGAUCACCGUGGCUGCAAGUACAUUGGACAGAGAAUUUCAAGCUUUUGUUGAGCUUAAGAAUGGUUUGCGCCUUAAGGGAACAAGUCUUUCCCCGGCUUUAAGAGCAAAAAAAUUCUACCCUCUAAUCAAUGGUGCACAAGCUAAGGAGGCUAACGCUUCUAUCGACGACGCCAUCUUGUGUAAGACUGGUACAUUAGAUCCUACCAAGGUCAAGGGUAAGAUCUUGGCUUGUUUGAGGGGUGAAAAUGCAAGAGUUGAGAAGGGCCUAAAUGCUGCUCGUGCCGGAGCCGUCGGGAUGAUACUUUGCAACGACGAUUUAAGCGGAAAUGGCGUCCUCGCCGAUGCUCAUUUUCUCCCAGCAUCACAUCUUACUUACGAGGACGGUCAAUCUUUACUUCAAUACAUUAACACCACAAAAAAUCCACAAGCUACUCUAUUGCCUCCAAUUGCAACCUUUGGCUCUAAGCCUGCUCCAUCCAUGGCAUCUUUCUCUUCUACUGGUCCCAACACUGUUACACCAGAGAUCCUUAAGCCUGAUAUCACUGCGCCUGGAGUGAGCAUCAUAGCUGCAUACAGUGAAGCUGUUAGCCCAACUGGCCUAGAAUUCGACAAGCGCCGGUUCCCUUUCAACGUCGAAUCCGGUACGUCAAUGUCGUGCCCUCAUGUCGCCGGAGUCGUUGGCCUCCUCAGGACAAUCCACCGCGACUGGUCCCCCGCCGCAAUUCGCUCAGCCAUCGUCACCACCGCAAGAACGAGAGAUAACACCGGAAACUCAGCGAAGACCGCCUUAAAGCAAAAGGCAUCGCCGUUUAACUACGGCAACGGCCAUAUCCGACCGAACCGAGCCAUGGACCCCGGUCUGGUCUACGACCUGGGCACCAACGACUACCUCAACUUCCUCUGCUCUCUCGGAUACAACAAGACCCAGAUUCAAGCCUUGAACGACAAGCCUCACAAAUGCCCCGCCAAGAACGUCACUGUUUUGGACUUCAACUAUCCUUCCGUGACGGCUCCGAAUCUCUCUGGUUCCGUGACCGUUACUCGGACAGUGAAGAACGUUGGACAGCCGGGAACCUACGUUGUCAAAGUGCACGAACCUGUCGGAGUUUCGGUGUCUGUGGAGCCCAAGAUCUUGGAGUUUAAGCACCAUGGAGAAGAGAAGAGCUUCAGAAUUACUCUCAAGGAUAGGGGAUAUGGUUUGAAGGGAUACCACUUUGGAGUGUUUGUUUGGACUGACGGCAAGCACUACGUCAGGAGUCCUAUUGUCGUCCAAACCGUCACUAAGGAGUAA